AUAUCGAUCAUAACCUAUUAAAAUUAUAUGAACCUAGACCUGUUCCGGAACCUGUAACGGAUUCAUUCACCUUCCAUAUUACAUUUAGACGUAAUGAAAGGAAUGUUCUAAAAGCUUUUAUAAAUAAUAGUUCUUUUGUUCCUGAUAUAUAUGAUCCUACCGUUAAUAAUAUCAUGGCUGGUGGAAAUAUGGAAGCCAAGGAUUUGGAACCGAAUCAAAAUGCUUUUAUUUACGAUACUGAAAACGGUGUUGUUGAAAUUAUCUUACUUAAUGAAAGAGGUGGCACACAUCCUUUUCAUUUGCACGGACACAACUUCUUCAUCUUGGGUCAUGGGGAAGGAAAUGUACCUGAUCCAUCUAAAUACAAUUUGGUAGACCCUGCUGUACGUGAUACUGUAACCAUUGAUGGAAAUUCAUGGACCGUAAUUAGAUUCAGAAUCGAUAAUCCAGGAGUAUGGGCUUUCCAUUGUCACAUUGAGUGGCACGUUGAAAUGGGCAUGGUAGGACAACUUAUCGAAAGGCCCAGUGUACUAAAAACUAUGCCAAUACCACCAGAAGUGUUGGAAUUGUGCCCGAAAACUCCCGCUCAAAAAAAUGCGGCAAGAAAAAGAUACGAAAGAAAGCGUAGUAAUUAUCAUUUAGAAUUUACAC